AUAUGGAAUUUUAUACACAAAGGGAGUUUAAUUCCUAGAGAUCUUGAGAACACGAGGGGUGAAUCGGAAAAGGGGAUGCAUCACGAGAUGCCAUUUACUCUAACUGUUGCGCAGGAAUUAGCCACUGUAGAAAAACCUCAAGAAACCCCGAUUAUCGAUCGGUUAUCAUCACACCAUCAUCUGUUGCGCAACUGAAGCUAUUAUGGAGAGUAACGUAUAUGAUAAGAAUAGGGAUCCUUCGCAACAUGAGAUUCUGGAGGUUUUUAAGAGAGAAAUCGGUUUCAAUCCUCCCAGAAACUUCUCUCGCCGAAUCUCUGCUUCCGAGGCUCUUGUAAAGAGAAUUGAUCUUGCUGGUAAACUAAAUGGGCAUGAAGGUUGUGUAAACACAAUAGAGUUCAACCAUUGUGACAACAUAUUUCAAGCUAGAAUCAUGCCUUUCACUGAUGACAGAACCAUAGUUACUUCUGCUGCUGAUGGCCAGGUAAGACUUGGUCAAAUAGCAGAGAAUGGAAAUGUCCAAACAAAAAAAUUAGGUAAACACCAUGGACGUGUUCACAAGCUUGCAGUUGAGCCUGGAAGUCCCCACAUAUUUUACAGCUGUGGUGAAGAUGGAUUAGUUCAACAUUUUGAUUUGCGAAGUAAUUCUUCCACAAAGCUUUUCUGUUGCACCCCAUUCACAGAACUCAACCACAACCACUCUUCCUCAAACACCAUAAGACUAAACUCCAUCAUAAUCGACCCCAGAAACCCUAAUUUUUUCUCCAUAGGAGGUUCAGAUAAAUACGCACGUCUAUACGACAUCAGAAACUUUGACCAACCAGUCAACACAUUUUGCCCAAAACAUCUUACAGAAACACACGAUGUCCACAUCACUGGCAUGUCAUACUCCAACACAAGUGAGCUUCUUAUCUCCUACAAUGAUGAACUCAUUUAUCUUUUUCAAAAAAACAAUGGAGGUUUAGGUCCAAAUCCCUUGAAUGUGAUGAGUUCGGAUGAUUUGGAAGAUCCACAAGUGUAUUGUGGACAUAGGAAUUCAUUGACAGUUAAAGGAGUUAGUUUUUUUGGGCCGAAUUGUGAGUAUGUCAUGAGUGGAUCGGAUUGUGGGCAUAUUUUUAUUUGGAAGAAAAAAGGAGGUAGGCUUGUUAGGGUAAUGGAAGGUGAUAGGCGUAUAGUGAAUCAAGUUGAGCCUCAUCCUAGUAUCCCUGUUCUUGCUUCGUCUGGAUUGGAAAAGAAUGUAAAGCUUUGGGUUCCUGUUUCUGAUGACAUUCUUCCCCUUCCUCAUGAUUUACAAGAGAUUGUGGAAUCAAACAGGCGAGGGAGGGAAGAUCAUUCACGGGUUACACUGACGCCUGAUGUGAUAAUGCAUGUUUUGCGGCUUCAUAGAAGGCAAGCAUUGGCUUACAUAGAAAGAAGACGUAAUAGAGAUGAACUUGGAAGUGAUGAUGAGGAAGAAGAUGAAGGUGAUGGUUAUGUCAUGGGAUUUUCUGAUGCUGAUGGCUCCUUAGAUGAUGGAAAUUCAACCGAGUGUAAUAUUGUUUGAUGUUAUAAUAUCUUGUUUCUGUAUCACGUUUUGGUUUUUGUAUGUUGUUUUAUGAUAAGUUUGUUGUGUAUGCAUGGUUUGUUGAAUAAAUGGUGUAAGUAGUGGUGGUGUAUCAUGUAUGUAUAUAAAUGAGGUGAAUUUAAAAGUACAA